CCCCUCCCACAGUGUAUCGAUCGGCGAGAUGAAGGCCACAAGGUCUGCUGCCGUCGCCAUGUUUCUGGCACUGCUUAUGGCGGCGUCUCCUUUGCUCAAUUCCGGCGCUGCGCCAUUGCCAGGGGCGGCCAAAUGCGGAGGCCGGCUUCUCCUUUUGCUCCCCUGCAUGGCCUUCGUCGAGGGAAAUGCCGGCGACCCGACCGAUGCCUGCUGCGACAACCUCGUCAACCUCUACCGCGACGACCCGGACUGCCUCUGCCCGCUCCUCGCCGUCGCACUCGCCAUGCCGCCUGUCAACCGCACUCUGACGCUCCAGCUCCCCGUGCUCUGCCGCCUCAACCUCACUGCCGGUUCGUGCUCAGGUACGUGUUGAACAAAUUACAUUUGAAAAUCUAAAAACUAUACGCUGAGCUUCGAUUCUUGUUCUGCUUUCUAGCGGCCCUGUCUCCGGCUACUUCUCCGCCGACUUCUCCGUCGUCUCUUGCUCCUCCUCCAGCUUCGGGUUUGCUUUGACGACUUGGUUAAUUAAUAUAAUUAAUCUGCACUCUAAUUUUUCACUUCAUUUAACUUUGGUUGGACGUUCACUCGCAGAAUUGCCGGCGUUGCCACCCCCUCCGCCGCCGGCGACGUUGAGCAACCAAGU